AUGGUGAACAAAAUCGACAUUCGUCUAUGGGUGAUGCAUAUGAUGAAAAUCAGCUCUACGCUUGCCGGUCGGGACAAACUCAUCCGUCUUGUACAAUAUCUUUCUCGGUUACAAAUUCUGUUCUUGCUCAACAACAAGCGUUCAUCACGGCCCAAUCUAGAGCGAUGGAGAAAGCUCGUCAGACACCUUAAUUCAACACGUAAACUUCUCCGUGUUGGCAAGGCACCGGAAUACGUUCAAGCUGCAGUUAAUAUUAUCACGAUUGAUAAAGCCGACCACUUCUUACAACAUCUUUUGUCUCUUCGCCAGCUUCUGCUUGCCGGUUAUAUAACUUUGGAUAAUGUCACAGUUCUUGAUAGUCUUGGAGUCCAUCCUUGGAAAACUGCAAGGCGAAUCCAAGUUGAGGCAUCACGGCUGUGGCUUGGUGCCAUCAUUUGCGGUCUCGUCUCUCAAUUGUAUUUUUUCUACAACCUGAAGCAUCUUCCGGAUACUAAGAAAGCCUCUAAUAGUGCGAAGAUCCUCCAUUUCAAGCAUGCGGCCAACACAUUACAACUCUUGAACGCCUUGUUUGACUUGCCUAUCGCAUGUUCUGCUGCCAAGAUCUUUAAUUUCAGUGAUGGCGUUAUUAGUGUUUGUGGGGCUGCAAGCAGCUUGGUUGGAAUUGCAAAUAUUUGA